AUGCUUAUCUACCUGGAUCGAAAAAAAAAUAUAACUGUUGGAGGCACCCCACACAAUCGAAGGGAGCAGCCUUUCAGCAGCAACCCUAUUAUUCACAGCGAUGAUCGGAAUUCGAGGGAGUCGUCAAAUUUCAAUAAUUUCAAUAUAAAUAACCAGGAAAACCAAGAAAACGAAGAAAACGACGAUGAUAAUAGUGCUAUUUGGGGCUACGCAGCGGACGAGGUUAGAAGAACAUUAGAUGAAACCCGGGCAAUAGAGGACUUUUUGGAUGAUGGCGAUUCUGGGAGGCAACAGGUGGAGCUGGAUGCAGAUCUAGAGUUUCAAAGUCGAGAACUAGAUCAUAUGUAA